CCUCGCUCGCUGAGCUCUUUUAGUGUUAACUCAGUCGUUGGUUGAGCGGGUCCGUAUGGUAUAUACAUAUACCUUAAAAAGUGCUCCGGAGUUUUUGCGUAAUAUUUGGAUUUAAUAUUGAGUGAAUAUUUUAAGUGGAUUGAAAAUAUAUAUAUUUUGAAACACUGGAUCGUACUACAUGUUUUUUGGAUUUGAGCGAGUUUAGUAUGUUUCUAGUAAGUGACGUUUUUGUGUUUUUUCUUGUAUGUAGUUGAAUGAUGAUUUUGUCCUCAAAUACCAGCGACCUGGACACGUUUCUUUGCAAACAAGAAUGGGAGCGGCGACUCGAAGAGGAAUUGGACAAACCGCGUCGCGAUUCCGCGUCCCAAUUGGACGACUUUUUCGAACCGGCUGCGCCUCAGCGUAUUGCGCAGCAGACAAUGAGUUACGUAUCGAUGCGAUCUUUACCAGGCACCGACGAUGACGUUUUUCUCAGGCCUCCACUAUGGGAAGACAUCGCCAGCAGUAUUCAAAACAUCGAUCCGGAAAACGCAAACAUGCUCGUCAAAAUGGAGACGGUUGACGAGCUGAGCAACAACUGUCAACCCGCUCCUUCGCCAUUACUAUCGCCAUUAGAAAUUAAAACCGAAAAGGUAUUACAACCGCCCCCAGCGCCGACGCUCCACCUAAUGGGCACGCCCACCAGCCCCCACUACCACCCCCAGCAACCUACAAGUCCUCACUACCACCCCCAACAACCACCCCCCACCAUCCACAACCAGUACAAAUACAACAACAACAACAACACUACAAGUACGAACCAAAACGUGUAUCCGGCGAUGUCAAGAUUAAUGUACGUGUCACCGUUGACUCCGCCCAGUUCCGAACCCGGAUCGCCGGGUGGUUCGCUGCCGCGGCGGACACCGCCGCCCCCCUACCACGGUCCCGGCCAGAACCCGCCGCCUUCCAGUACCGUGCCCCGGCUGUCCGGAGUGAAGGCGUACAAUAGACGGAACAAUCCGGAGUUGGAGAAGCGGCGGAUACAUCAUUGUGAUUUUAUAGGUUGUUCGAAAGUUUACACGAAAAGUUCCCACCUCAAAGCCCACCAACGGAUCCAUACAGGCGAAAAACCCUACCAAUGUCAAUGGCCCGAGUGCGAGUGGAGGUUCGCCCGCUCGGACGAGUUGACUCGCCACUACCGGAAACACACCGGAGCGAAACCGUUCAAAUGCGGAGUGUGCGAGCGCUCUUUCGCUCGCUCCGAUCACUUGGCGCUCCACAUGAAACGUCACUUGCCGAAAACGUCAAAAUGAAAUCGCCUAUAAUAGAACAAUUUUUAUUUAUUUAUUUUUUUUUGUGCCUUAAUAACAAUGCGAUCUCAAUAAUUGAAAAAGAGGUGACAUAUAUUUUUUAGGUUUUUAAGCGCUUUCAGAUUGAUUUGAGUGUACUUAUGAUGACGUCACGCGUUUUUUAGAGUGAUGAUGACGUCACUUGCUGUGGUUGUUGUUUGUAUCUAAACAAACUUUUGUUUUUGGAAUUGAAUUUAAUUUUAUUUAUUGUGGAAUGUUUUUCUGUGGAAAUGUAAUUUCUGAGUCGAAAU